AUGGCGGCUCCCGCGGCCCCGCGGGGCUCGGUCCUGAAAGAUGUAGUGGCUUAUGUUGAAGUGUGGUCAGCCAAUGGAACAGAAAAUUAUUCAAAGACAUUUACAAACCAACUUGUGGAGAUGGGGGCAAAGGUCUCAAAAACUUUUAACAAGCACGUAACUCACGUCGUGUUCAAAGACGGAUACCCACGCACCUGGGACAAAGCCCGAGAGAGAGGCGUCAAGCUCGUCUCUGUGCUCUGGGUCGAAAAGUGCAGAACGGCGGGGGCGCACGUCGACGAGGCCCUGUUCCCGGCGGCAAACACUCACGAACGCCUGCCCUGCCUUGUUAAAAAAAAGGUAAGUACCUGA